AUGGACAUGGAGAAGGUCAACUCCAUGGGCUUCGGUGAAUUUGUGGAUGUGUUUGGGAACGUCAUCGAAAAAUGUCCUCUGGUCGCAGCUGCUGUUUGGUCCCAGCGUCCAUUCUCUGGCUCAGAAGACUUGGAAAAACACUUUUUUGAUUUUAUCGAUGCUCUUCCAAGGUCAGGCCAGGAGGGCAUCCUACGUUGUCACCCGGACCUAGCGGGCCGCGAUCUGCAGCAGGGCACGCUCACCGCUGAGUCGCUGCGGGAGCAGAGCCAAGCGGGCCUCACCAGCCUGGACGCAGACGACAGGCUGCGGCUGCAGCAGCUCAACGCGCUGUACCGCGAGCGCUUCGGUUUUCCGUUCGUGCUAGCUGCGCGCCUGAGCGACCGCGCCGCAGUGCCCGGGGAGCUAGCCCGCCGGCUGCAUUGCCAGCCCGAGUCAGAGCUGCGCACCGCCCUGGGCGAGGUGAAGAAGAUCUGCCACUUGCGCCUGGCGGAUUUGCUAGGCGCCGGUCCGGCCAGUGUGGAACCCCUGCGGGGCUGGGGUUCCGAACGCCAGCAGGAUGCGCCACAAAGGGGACUUGGCGCAGCACACCCUUAG